AUGUUUUUAAGUGUUGAUUAUACUAUAAAGGAUAAAUCAAGACUCAGUAUUUGCAAUCGAAAUAACCAAAAUGUAUGUUCUAUUAGCAGGUGGUGGGCGGAGGGCCGGCGUCCUCGCCGCCCGUCAGCCUUGGCCCUGGCCCGGAAACAUCCACUAGUGAUGGAGACCAAGCUGAAGAUUAUAGAAAUACUGCAGUUUAUCCUGGACGUUCGUUUGGACUACCGCAUCAGCUGUCUGCUGUCGAUCUUCAAGAAGGCCAUCGAGACCUCCUCGCCGGACGCUCUCGGUCGAGUGGACGUGGAGGCCAUAGGACUACAGGACGAGGUUAUCUUCAGCUGUCGAGACGGUUUAGACCUGGAUGCUUGCGGCGGUCGUAUGGUGUUGAGAGUUCUGCUGCAGCUGUGUUCCCAGGGUGCUUCGGCCAGUCUUGUUUCAGGAGCCCAAGCGCUGCUAUUCCGUCAUUUCAGUCAGAGACAAGAAGUUUUGGAGGCUUUUAAGCAGGUCCAACUGUUAGUGUCUGACGCGGACUUGGAGUCCUACAAACAGAUCAAGGCCGACCUGGACAUACUGAGACAGAGCGUUGAGAAGUCGGAGCUGUGGGUGUUCAAUAAGGGACGCGCCGGGAUUAUAGAUGAUCACAGCGAUAUAAAAGGCGCCGUUGGUCCUGGCGGGACGGUGUUGGAGCGAAACGCGUCCUUAGACAACGUGCGAGCACCGAGAGGAGAUCGACAGGACUACGAUAAGAUUAAAGAGGUACAAAAUAAAUAUUGCAUUUAUAUCAAUCUUCUACCCGGCAAUUUCCCAGCUUUUAGCCAGGAUCCUGGAACGUAUGAUCGAGUACUGUACCCAGGGCAACACGGCGAGGGAGGGGGCGACUCGAGACCGCGGAGACAUGAACAGAGGCUACUGAGGAAUAUAGGAGUACAUAAUGUAGUGCUGGACCUGCUGCAGGUGCCACACGAUGAGGACGACGCUGUUAUGGACGAGCUGCUGGGCCUGGCGCACGAGUUCCUCCAGCACUUCUGUCACGGGAACACACAGAACCAGGCCAUACUACACAAACACCUGGAUCUGUUCCUCAACGCUGGAGUAAGAACAGGCUAUUGA